UCCCCCAUUCGCAGAGAGCGAAACAAACAUGGCGAUAGACUCGAGUGGACUGGGGUUUACGCUAACUUUAUUCGUGUUUUCUUGUGUUUUGGCGGGCAGGCAGGCCGAGGAGGCGGUGGCGGAGCCGAGACUCGCCCCCCGGAUACUCGGCAUGAGGCUGGAGAGGAGCGACACGCCGGCCGGGACCACCAAGAGUGGGGUUAUUCAGGUGACCGAGGGCAGCGACACCUUAUUCAGGUUCUACGGGCUCCACUUGCUCCCAAACAGCUCGGCGCUCAUCAAGUUCACGGAACUUUACUCCAGCGAUAAAGAGGAUGAUACUUUUGUAGCAAUCGUGGACCCCUUCAAUAGAACUUGUCCCGAGCUCACGAAGGAUAUAGAAGUGAAGGGGUCCAUGGUGGUAACCAACCAAAAUACCUCCGGGGUGGUCAGCCUCCGGAUCAAGCAGCUCCGCAAGAGCGAGGUGGUGAAGGUGUUCGGCUUGUGCGUCCGCGACACCCAGGUGAAGGAGGAGACGUGGUACCUGCUGGACGAUAAAGACGGCAGAGUGCGGGUGGUGGAGGUGGCAAAGUCCCUGAUGCCUGUCUGGCUACAGGUGAUCAUCAUCGCCUUCCUGCUGGUGCUGUCCGGCAUGUUCAGCGGGCUCAACCUGGGGCUGAUGGCUCUGGACCCGAUGGAGCUCCGCAUCGUGCAGAGCUGCGGCACCGAGAAGGAGAAGAAGUACGCGCGGAAGAUCGAGCCCAUCCGCAGGAAGGGCAACUACUUGCUUUGCUCGCUGCUCCUCGGAAACGUCCUGGUCAACACCACCCUCACCAUCCUCCUGGACGACAUCACCAAGUCCGGGAUCGGCGCUGUGGUCGCCUCCACAGUCGGCAUCGUUAUUUUCGGUGAGAUCGUCCCGCAGGCCCUGUGCUCCCGGCACGGUCUGGCAGUCGGGGCGAACACCAUCCUAGUCACCAAGUUGUUCAUGCUGCUAACUUUCCCUCUGUCGUGGCCCAUCAGCAAGCUCCUGGAUUGCGUCCUGGGCCAGGAGAUCGGCACCGUGUACAACCGGGAGAAGCUGGUGGAGAUGCUGAAAGUCACUGAGCCAUACAACGACCUGGUGAAAGAGGAGCUCAACAUGAUCCAAGGCGCGCUGGAGCUCAGGACCAAAACAGUGGAGGAUGUCAUGGCGCCGGUCAGCAACUGCUUCAUGAUCCACAGCGACGCUGUGUUGGACUUCAACACCAUGUCCGAGAUCAUGGAGAGCGGAUACACGAGGAUACCUGUAUACGAGCACGAGCGCUCCAACAUCGUGGACAUCCUGUUUGUCAAGGACCUGGCCUUUGUGGAUCCGGACGACUGCACCACACUCAAGACCAUCACCAAGUUCUACAACCACCCGGUGCACUUUGUCUUCCACGACACCAAGCUGGACUCCAUGCUGGAGGAGUUCAAGAAAGGAAAGUCCCACCUGGCCAUCGUCCAGAAGGUGAACAACGAGGGGGAGGGAGAUCCCUUCUACGAGGUGUUGGGGUUGGUCACCCUGGAAGAUGUCAUCGAGGAGAUAAUUAAAUCCGAGAUUCUGGAUGAAUCCGACCUUUACACUGAUAACCGCAACAGGAAAAAGGUGGCACCCAAUAAAAAUAAGAGAGACUUCUCCGCCUUCAAGCACGAGAGUGAAUCAAAAGUGAAGAUCUCUCCUCAGCUGCUGCUGGCCGCCCAUCGCUUCCUUGCUACAGAGGUGAGCUUGUUCUGCCCAGCUCAGAUCUCAGACAAGGUGCUGCUUCGAAUCCUGCGGCACCCCGAUGUGAUCCAGGAGAUCAAGUUCAGCGACAGUGACAAGCGCUCGCUCCAUCACUAUGUGUACCAGAGGGGCAAGCCCGUCGACUACUUUGUUCUCAUCCUGCAGGGACGAGUGGAAGUGGAGGCCGGCAACGAGAACAUGAAGUUUGAGACUGGACCGUUCUCAUUCUACGGUGUCAUGGCGCUCAGUGCUCCCACACUGGUGGCUGCACCUCGUCCUCACCACCUCAACAUUAAGAGGUUUUCUCUGUUCUCUUGGUUGCCAGAGUUUCGUUCGCCGUCCCACAUCAGCGGGUUGAACCGCACAUCCUCUCUGAGCGGAGCCGACCGGACGGAGUCGCUCUCCAUCAGCGGCAGCAACAGCCAGCUCAACAACAGCAUUCCCUCGCAGCAGUACACGCCCGACUUCUACGUCCGAGCUCUCACCGACCUGCAGUUUGUCAAGAUCACACGGUCCCAGUACCAGAACGGCCUGAUGGCGUCCCGUCUGGACAGCACGCCCCAGUCCCCGGAGAGCGGCCGCAAUUCUAUUCGCCUGGAGCCGACCACUCCCCCCGCCACCGCCAACACAACCAUGGGUGGGGACUCCACCCCAACGGAGAACGGACCGGACGAGACGACGCUCCUCCUCCUCAACGAGCAGAACUCACCGCACACAGCCAACCACCACAGCCAGCUGGAAAACAGCAUUUGACCCCCGAUGCCCUCUAUACCCCUACGUUUGCACGCAUGCACUACUACGCUCUAAUGUAUGCUGAGGAGGGGUGGGGGGGGGAGGGGAGGGGCUGGUGUGUGUGUGUGUGUGUGUGUGUGUGUGUGUGUGUGUGUGUGAAUGCAGACACACUGACAUAAAGAGACAAGCCAUGUGCAUGCAUAUUAUGUAAAUAUGCAAGGAUUAAACACACACGACACAUUUUCUCAUGGGAACCUUUCCAUCAUAAAGACUCACCACGAGCCCGACACUGAUCUAUGGUAGUUCAUCGACAGAAAGGUGUGUGUGUGUGUGUGUGUGUGUGUGUGUGUGUGUGUGUGUGUGUGUGUGUGUGUGUGUGUGUGUGUGUGUGUGUGUGUGUGUGUGUGUGUGUGUGUGUGUGUGUGUGUGUGUGUGUGUGUGUCUACAUGCUCCUUAAUGUAUUAACUGACAGCAAAGAUCUGAAGGACCUGCUUGUCUGGACCAGAAAGCUCUCCCUCUCUCGCCCGUCGAUGUUGUUCAGAGGCCUCACCGAUUUGCGAGUUUCUUCUUCUGUGUGUGUGUGUUUUUAAAUGUGUGUGUGUGUGUGUGUGUGUGUGUGUGUGUGUGUGUGUGUGUGUGUUGCUUCCAAUUCAGUGUCCCUAAUCAGAGACUCAGGGAGACUCCACCCUCCUCCUCCCCCUCCCCUUGACGACGUACAUGCGUACGUACAUACAUGCAAGCCGCAAACCAAACCCGCCGCCGCAUGUGUAGCAACCUGCAGCCCCUCCUCACCAUCCAUACAGCUAGAAUACAAAGACCCGAGCAUGUCAGCGGAGUUCAAACAAAGUAAUAUAUGUUCCGUAGAAAUUUAUAGUGAGAUAUUUAUUGAGGAAUUAUGUGUGAGACGGACACACACAAGACUUUUUUUGGUGGGGGAGGGUUUUGGGUGGAUUUCUAUAAAAUUCUUUAUUUUUUCUUCUCCUUGUUGUGUCCUGGAUAGAAGCCCAGAGCCUUUGUCCCAGAGUUGUUAAGAGAUUUCGCAGUGAUAGACAGCCAAUCUGUUUCAUGAUUAAGACAAUCAAUAUGAUUAUUAUGAAUGUGUUGAAUUAAAUGUGUAGGGUAUGUUAACCUAACCCCCCCCCCUUUGCUCUCAAACAGCCUCUCUGUGAAAUGUUUUGUUUUAGUCCUUAUUGUCACCGAAGACGGAUCUGGAAAGGCAGGUCGUUUUCACAAAGGUGGUGGAUGUUUGAGAGCACUUUGACUUUGCGAGUCCUUUACUACUUUAUAAGAGAGGGGUGGGCUGUCUGAGCGUGUGUGUGUGUGUGUGGGUGGGUUUGUGUGUGUGUGGGUUUGUGUGUGUGUGUGUGUGUGUAUAUGUGACCAAAAUGGCCAUCACCAAACUUGGUGGGAACUGAAACCAAAAGAGGGAAACGUGAUCACAUUACGACAAGAAAAUACUUUAAGAAAUCUGAGACUUUAUUUAUUGAGUUCGAUGUGUGUACAUAUAUUAUUGUCAAUGAGGGGGGGGAAGAGAAAUGUGAUUUUUAUUUUUGCCUCGAUUUUACAUGUUAAAUGUUCCUUUGACUUCAGUGGUUAUGUUUGGGUUUCCUUUUUUGUAAAUCAGAUCUGGGGGAAGGGGGGGGGGGCACUCUGAACAGCAAACCAUAACAUUUAUUUGUUUGUACUUCUGUAGCUAAAUACACCUCUCAGCCUCGACAGCAGCACGUGUCAUCUUCAGAGAAGGCCAUUUUUGGGGGAAUUUUCACAAUGCCUGUUUUUCACUGAAAUGCACACACUCCAAUGGUAUUGUACUGUACCCUCUGGGGAGAUUUUAAAGGAAAGAUCUUUCCGAAAACUCUUUUUUGUCUUAUGACAGAUUUUUCUUUGAACUAGAGCGGUGUGAUUCUUUUUUUAAGGUAAUAUACAACAUGAAAAGUGAAUCAUACAUCACGUUUUCUUUCUUUUUGAAACCAAAGAGAAAGGACUACUUUCUUAUUAUUUCCUGCAAAGAUGUUCGCCGUUCACACAUCAUCUAUAGCAGGGAUUGAUUUCCAACUACAUGUUCCAGAAUGCAAGGCAGCCAAACGAAAAGUUGUGUUUUUAUUAAGCAGCCCCCCCCCCCCCCCCCCCCCCCCAUUUGAAUACACAUAAAUCACAGGUGAAUCCAACGAGUUCCCAUCUGCUCUCGUAAUUGUUUUGAAAUGGGAUCCUGGGAAAUGUAGGACAUCAGGAGUAGGAGUAGAUGAUACACGCUGAAGGGAAGUGGGUACACCAAAAACUAAAUAAUUGUAAGACUUUGAUGAAAUAUGUGGUCAUCUUGUCAUGUGUUCCCUCUUCUCUACUAUGUGGAUCUGAAACCCAAAACUUGCCACAAAAGGAUGAUUUCAUUUCAGUUUUCAGAUGAAUUGGAAUGACUGGCUGUUUCGAGGUUUUCUCAUUUGGGUGUUUUGGAAUAGACCAAGAAAUGUAUGUUCCUGUAAUUUGAGUCUGUACAUAUCAGGCUACUGUGUCGGUGCAGAAAGUAUUUUUUCACAAUCCCUUCAUGUCAAUUUUAGCUAAAGAUUUUGGCUGUCAAAUGAACACAUGAAUAGCAUUCAAAGCAGGCAGCCAGUGUCCUGAAGUAGCCAUGAUGGUUGAUUUAAUUGUGUCCCUUUAUUUCAUGUGUUUGAGUGUGAGACUACUUUCUGCCAAAGACACGAACGGUGAGGAUCUAAAAAAUAAUUAGACAAGUUGUUCAGGAACAUGGAGAUGAGUUUAUUAAAGUUACGGUCUGUUUAUUUAAGAUAAACUCUGAAAGCUGUUAUGGACGUUAGUUUGAGUGGUGUCCAGUUUCUCUAAUCCUUAAUACGCUGUGGUACUGUCCACUUUUCAACGUGGAGUUCCACAACACUACAAUCACAGCAGACUGGAUUUUAAGGCACAUCAUUGGUUGAGUUGAACCUCAGCGGGCGAAUUUAGCUUAUUAGUAAAGAGGGCAAUGGUGAAAAUCUGGUCUAAAUAUAAAUAAGAAUAUAAUCUAAAAUACCCCUUUCCUAUGCACUGGUGAUUUUGGUAUUCAUAAUAGUUACGCUGUUUUACUUGUUAACUAUUUUGUAUACUAAGGGUUUUUUGGUGUGUGUAAUGUGUAGGUUGUUUAACGACAGAAUAGAUCAAAAGCCAUGUCAAAUGUCAAAUAAUCAAAAUCUUCACAGUCAACUGCUGCUCAUGUGUUCAGUGGUUUUCCACAGCUUUCUCUUUGUCUGGUUGACUCGUCACUAAAACUCAGUUUUGAAGGUCAGAAAGCUUACCUACAUAAAUAUAAGUCACUAAAGUUUAUUUUCUUAUAGAGGGUUUCUUUCAUUUCUAAAAGCAGCAACGUUUUUCUACGGUUUAAUGUCGAUAUUUAUACGUAAUAAAGAUAAUCUACUGUACUGGAAUUCAAAACCUCCAGCCGCCAUGAGACUUUGAUAGCAUACUAAUGGCUAUAGCCCCAUUUGUGACUUCAGCAAACCGCACUGUUAUUCUUUGAUUCGGUCACACAUGUUAGGGGAUUGAUCUGUCAUCCAGUUUAAAGAUACAAUAGUCCCCUUUUUAAUCUUAAAGAUCUAACUAUUCAGUCCAGUAGUAUCUCUUUUUUUUUAUGAUCUUUGAAAACAAACAAACAUUUUAUUUUGAAAGGUACUGAUGUUUAAUUCAACUAAAUGGGGUUUCUUCUGAAUACACGGCUCUGCUUCUGAGAAACGUUUGUGUUUAUAUCUUUUAAACAAGAAUUCAAGAGUGAUUGUUCUCCAAUUUGUGGGACUGGAAAGUCUAAACAGCCCAGACUCUUCUGGGAUUUAAAAAUGAAAGCACUUUAUCAAGAAAAGCAAUUUUUUUCUCAAAAAGCCAAAAAAAUUGCCAAAGUUGCCGCCUCAUAGUUUCUACCGCAAUACUGUUAGUGACCGGGAUUUCAUAAUCAUCAUCAUCAUCAUCUCUGCUGACUCACUUUAACAUGACACUGCUUUUAUUUUUCAUGUCUGCAAAGAAGCCAAACGCUUAAGGGGCUCACUGACUCACCGUUCUGUUGCCUUCACUGUUUAAAGACUGUACUGGAUUAUUUUUCUUCUCUCUGUUCAUUCCUGAAUAAUUCUUUGACGAACACACACUCCUACUUCAAAGGACUGUUUUAUGUUCAUUUUGUGGCUGAGAUUGUGCCUCACCUGUUUUAAAUUGUACUUGGUUUGGGUUAAUUAUGUGUGUUUGUGUAUGUGUGUGAAUGCCCGUGAAUCUUUUUUCUUUAUUUUUUACCUCAGAACACUGUCAGUAAUUGUGGUAAACAACAAUCUGCUUUUUUUUUUAUUUGUCAUGAUUUAAAUUUGGGAACAGAGUGAGUGGAGCGACUGGCGUUUGGGGGGGAAAUUAAACUGAUUGUCCUUCAUUCUCUCUGGCAUGCUGUAACUUAAAAAACAACAACAGAGAAACAAGGUGUAAAUACUGUUUUAUAAUUUCUGUCUUAAUGAGUUUUGAAGAUGAAGAAAGUUAUUAAUAAACUUGAGAUAUAUUUCUCUA